AUGGAUGCGCCUACCGAGGGACGCCGGUCAUGGGCUGCGGCGUUCGGCGACAUGGCGAAGCUCAUCCCCACUCUACCCCUCGAGACGAGAUGCCCAACGGUCCCGCUCCGUCAGUUCAGCGGCUUCUGGCUCCCGGAGAUGAUCCUGUCCGGCGUGGCCGCCGUGCACACGCGCUUCGAGCCGAGGCCCGACGACAUCUUCCUCGCGAGCUUCCCCAAGUCCGGCACGACGUGGCUCAAGGCGCUCGCCUUCGCCACGCUCAACAGGGCGCAGCACCCGCCGUCGGACCCCGGCCACCCGCUCCGCCUUCGAAACCCCCAUGACUGCGUCAGCUUCUUCGAGCUGCCCUCCGCGCUCUCCGAGAGCACCGGCGGAGCACAGGAGGACGUGUUCGAGGCGCUCCCUUCGCCACGGGUGCUCGCCACCCACCUGCCCUACAGCCUCCUGCCGGAGCGCGUCGUGGCAGACAGCUGCAGCGGCCGCGUCGUGUACGUCUGUCGGGACCCCAAGGACGCGCUCGUCUCCGGGUGGCUCUUCAUGAAGAAGCACACGGCCGCCACCGCCAAGGGAGCCGGUGGCGAAGACGACGACGUUCCGCCGACGUACCCGCUCCAAGACGCGUUUGAGCUGUUCUGUGCGGGCCGCUGCGUCGGCGGGCCGCAGUGGCUCCACGUCCUCGGGUACUGGGAGGAGAGCAGGAGGCGGCCGGACAAGGUGCUCUUCCUCCAGUACGAGGAGAUGCUCCGGGACCCCUGGACCAACGUGAAGAGACUGGCCGAGUUCAUGGGCUGCCCGUUUACCGUGGAGGAGGAAACGGCGGGCACGGUGGACGCCGUCGUUGAGCUCUGCAGCCUGGACAGUCUCAAGCGGUCGAAGGGGAACCGGAGCGGCACGACGAUCCUUGGCAUCGAGAAUGCGUCCUUCUUCCGCAAAGGCGCGGCCGGGGAUUGGCGCAACCACCUGACACCGGAGAUGGCGGCGCGGCUGGACGAGAUCGUCGACGGCGUGCUGCAAGGGUCGGGGCUCACGUUUGGUGGCGCCGCCAACGACUCCAUCUCCGUGUGA